AUGGCACACUCCACCAACGACGGCGCCUCCUUCUCGGAGCAGCUCUUGGAGUGCGCAAGAAGAAACAACACCGAGCUUUUACAAUCCAUCAUCGCCGAGUUGCCUGACGUCCAUGCUGUGGCCAAGUUGGUCAACUCCACCAAAGAAGUGAUCUCCAACAACUCACCCUUGCACAUUGCUACGCUGUUGGGAAACUGGGAGUUUAUAGACAUGGUGCUAGACAUUGAGGGGGUGGAGAUCGAUCCGUUGAACAGAGACGGCGACACGCCGUUGCAUUUGGCGGUCAAGUACGCUGCUUCGGAACCGGAGUACGGUUACUUUAUCAUAGACAACUUGCUUGAUGCAGGGCUGGAUGCUAAGAUCGUGGAUCGGUCGGGCUUGAAGCCGGUCAAUUACGUGGUGAACAAUGAGAAGCUCCGGACCUUGUUACAAAGUGCCGAGUACGCUGCUGCUGUGGAGGAGGUGGAGGUGGACGAUGACGACGAUGACGAGGGAGAUGAAGGUCUGGCCUCAGAUUCGGAUUGA